UUCCGCUUCCGUCAGCCCCAUUUCCCAUGUAUCUUUUCUUCUCCCUCUCCCUCUCCCUCUCUCUCUCUCUCGCUCUAACGAAACGCCAGGAUCAUACUGCUUGUUACGGGCGGACCCAGGCCCAAGGUCCAACAAUAUUGACAAAUGUCUUUUGGAGAGGUGGGAGAGGGAAGAACGAAGUGGGAGGCGGUCUUUGUUCCUGGGCAGCUACCAGCUUCUGAUAGAGAAACAUGUGUGAAUGUGUUUGCUGUUACUAUAGAACCAAAGUUAGCCAACACUUUUGUAAGGCAACUAAAUCAAAUAGCCCCACUUGAGAAUCUUCGUCAUGUGAAGCGGGUGCGGAGAAGUGUGGUUGAUGGAAAUGUUCAAUUAACGGUGAUUUUAUGUCAGCCACACGAACAAGGUGACCAGUUACUGGAAAUGCCAAGUGACGUUGUAGAGCUGAUAAACAUGCAUAAAUUGCAUCCUUUCGUUGUGAGAGUUCCAAAAUAUGCUGCUUUAACAAAAGAAGAAUGGGAGGAACAGUGCAAAUUCUGGCCAACAUCAUAUCAUCCACCUAUUGAUAGGACUGGGACAUGUGGGCUUGAUGAGGAAGAGACAAGCAUCGUCACUAGUUUCAUGCAGCUUGCCAUAAAGCUGGCAAAAUCUGGUUCAUAUAUGAAGAAGGUCGUCAAUGCUGCGGUCAUUGUUGAUCCUCUGGUGAGGCAGGUGAUUGCCUGUGCACGUGAUCAGACAUGUUCAAUGCCUGUUCUCUCAACAAAAUGCACUUCGGAGCAGACCACUCGAUCCCAAGUGAUGAUGGGUGAUCAACAUUCUCAAUCUAAUAAGAUGGAUAGUGGUAUGAUAAAGCUGUCAAGUUGUGAUUUAAAUGGUGAAGCUCUACCUUGCGCUGCUGCUUCUUGUCUGAAUCCAUGGGGCUGGGUUAGCGAGCAAGAGCAAGCACAUGCUCCAAAUUCUUCAGAAAAGCUUGAAUUUCAUUCUUCAUGGCACCCUUUGCGCCAUGCUGCUAUAGUGGCAAUUGAACUGGCUGCUGCAAGAGACAGGGAUCUUUUUCCUGGUGAAAGGAUUAUUGACAAGGAUGACCUUGAGAUCCCAGCUAAUUUAACUGCCAAAAGGCAAAAGAGAGAUUCUUCAAAUGAUGAUAACCCCGUAAUUGCAACAGGUGGAGAUGCUACAGCACUAGCUAAUGGUUGUGCAUCAUCAGAAACAGUUCAUGUAACACGGCCAUAUCUUUGCACUGGUUUUGAUGCGUACCUUGUAUGGGAGCCUUGUUGCUUGUGCGCCAUGGCGCUUCUCCAUCAGAGGAUCAAACGCAUAUUUUUUGCUUUCCCAAAUUCAGGAGCUGGUGCACUAGGGACUGUUCAUCGGUUGCAUGGAGAAAAAAAUUUAAACCAUCAUUAUGCUGUGUUCAGGGUUCUGGUGCCAAAUGAUGUACUUGCAGGUGCUGUAGAUUUUCUUCUCUCAUCGUAACAAUCAGGGAUGGAGCCAAGGGAAGGCCAACAGGGCCGCCUACAUGUAAUUAAAAAAAAACAUUUAGCUUACAUAAAAAUUUUGAAAAAUUAUAUUCGAUGCCUGUCAAAAUUGUGAAACGAUAGUUUGGCCCCCCUAAUGAGAAAUUGAUAGCUUCGCCCCUGUUAUCUCUCAUACAUGAUACGGACAGGGUUUGUUUUUCUCCUUGUUGCAAUGAUACAUGGAAAAAGUGCAAUGCUCAUGCUACACCAUCUAGAUAAUGUGUACAACUGCAACCCACAUUUUUCUGAUUAUAGCCUAACAAGAUGUUAAAGGGAUAUCUGUAGUGAGAUGGCUCUCAGGUGGACACUCACAUAGGCACAACUCCUUGCAUGAGCCAAAACUGGGCAUUAUCUCCUGGGUAGAGGACCUGUGAGGUUUUACCAUUACUCCUGUGAAGGUCCAUGACCGGGUUUUCCUCUACUAAAUUCUCAAAAAUAAAAAGGAUCAUGGUGCCCAGCAGUUUCUGGUUGGAUGAUUUUAUAUUAAAUUCAUAGUGACGGCAGGACUGUCGUGACAGUUCUGGUUGGGUUGACCAGGGUUGCAUGAGAAUGAUUUUGCAGGACCGGUGAUGACAAACUGAAGAAACCCUUGAAUGGUCCAUUGCUUGUGUACCCUGGCACUAUGUCAACCCCAAUCAGACUUAAUAUGCUAGACUGGCUUGAUCUAUGUAAAAUUCUUCGUUAAUGGUGAAAUAUUACCACCUACUGGCUUUUCUUUUCGGGAAGCUAAUAGUCCAUCAUGUUAUUUCACUGCUUGUUGGUCAUCUU